CCACUUUGCGUGAUGAUCUGGCCUGGCGGCAACAAAGAAGUCUCAAUGAACGCGAUCUGUUAAGUGUCAGCAGUUCGUAUGGCCCUGACUAUCGUUUGACGAGCAGCAAUCGUUUGUAUUCGUCGGCAGAUCGAGAUCGUUACGAAUUGCAUCGUGAAAGACUGGAAAAAUAUCCUUUAACGCGCACGGCACGUUUAGACGUCCAACAACGGAACACAUUUAAUCGCACAAAUCACGAUCGGUCGUCGACAGCAGCGGCGGCGGCGGCCUCUUCGCUUUACGGUCCCUUGGGACCCAGUAGUAAAAUACGAGAUAUCGGCUCAGACAUACUGUAUGGGGGAGUGAGCGCCAGGCGAGCACCACCCUUGGCUGCGGCGGCCCAACGUAGUAGCGCCGCCAGCAGCUAUUUGCACAAACAACAACAACAACACCCACAAAUUGUGAUCGGCGAUACGCCAUUAAGCGCUAAGACAUCGGCCACAUCCUCAGCAUCACUGUAUGAACGUUAUAUGGGUAGUAGUAGUAGUGGAACCAGUGGUGUUGGCGGCACAGCCAUGACAUCUUCUUUAAGCACAACUGAUGGGGCCACACGUAGUUUAAGUCGCGAUCGUAGUCUAGUCGAUAGCUAUUGGGAUGAAUCUGCAGCUACGCCAAGCUCUGUAUUGUCGUCGAAUAAAGCUCAGGACUCCCGACGCUUUACAGAGCGUAGAAUAAAGAAGACGGUACGCUUUGAUUCGCAUGACAUUGACAAUACGGCAUCGGGCGCCGACACGGGACUGCAUGUCGGCAGCACCACUUUGCCACCGGUGACCACAAUACUACCCUCAACGGCGGUUGAGGUGGGUGCGGCCACCAUUUUGACCAGUGCUAAAUUGCACAAUGCCCAACACUCCAUGUCUUCUUCUGCUUCCUCUGCUACAAACACUGCCACAAAUCUGCUAAACGAUACAACAACAGCAGCAUCAGCUUCCACAAAUGCCAAUCACUGGUCCCGCUGGGACAACGAGCGACAAGGUAGUCAGGAUUCGGCCACAAAAGAUUCGGGCAUCGAUACCAGCAGUACCUUUACCAGUAGUGAAGAUUCGAAUCGUGGUGAUGGUCCUAAGCAACCGGUGAAUUGGCAAAUAUCGGCGGAUAAUGCUCGCAUGAUUGGUCAUAUGAUAUUAAGAAAAUACUAUGAUGGCGAAGAUAUUUUAGGCUUAAAAGUUCUGGGUGGCCAACCUUUACCAUAUGCUAAUAAUAGUCAAGCCGUUGGCGUUGCUGGUGGUAAUAAUGGAGAUGGUGUUGGCGGUGGUGCUGCUGCGGCUGUAAAUUAUGGUGCCAUUGUGGAGAAAGUUAAACGUGGCUCGGUGGCCGAUACUGAGGGUCAUAUACAACCAGGCGAUGAAAUUGUCAAAUGGAAUGGCCAUAUUUUACAAAAUAAAACCGCCGACGAAGUCUAUGAUAUUAUUGAUGAAAGCCGUUUGGAUGCCCAAGUUGAAUUGGUGGUCUCACGGCCCAUUAAUGCUUCCACAUCGUCAGCGUCAACAACAGCGGCCGCCUCGGCCAUCGGCGGCAAUCUGUCCUCCAAUUCAGUGCCAAAUUCGAUUAAUGCAACGACGGUCUCGUCAACGGUUACGCCGUCAAUACGUAAAGUACCAAGCAGUACCCUGGCUAGUUACAUAGCCGGUAGUGCUGUGGUCAGCAGCGGCGGCCGUUAUGUUCAACGAAAAGCACCCUUAGUUGAUGAUAUAGAAGUUCAUCGUGAUAAGCCGAGUGUACUUAUAACCUCGCCUGGAUCACCCGAUUUUCAUGCCAACAACAGUAGUGGCGGUAGUAGUAGUGGCGGCGGCGGCGUACUUAAUCUAAGACAUAGUGCGAAUGUACGUUGCUACGAGACAGGCUCAACAACAUCGGCAGCAGCAGCAGCAGCUCAACAACGUUUGGGACCAAAACACUUGUCGAGUGCCGCCAGCACUAGCAGCAAUCAAUCGGUCAGUAGUUGCAGCAGCGGUAGCAGUAGUCACACAUCCCACACAGCACCACCGCAUCGACCACCGACAGCACCACCUACGUCAGCAUCAUCGAUUCAAGGCGGAGCAGCAACUACGACGGCGGGCCAUCAUCAUCACCAUCAUUGCCAUCAAAUACCACCACCGUCAUCGCAUUCGCCGUAUACAUAUGGCUCAGGUUUGGGACCACACAACCAACCACAUCAACAACAGCAACAACUCCUCCUUUUACAACAACAGCAGCAGCAGCAGACGUUACCACACCAUCUGCAACAGCAGCAGCUGCCGCCGCAUCACGCCUCACUGGCAGGAGCUAUGGUUGGACCCAUACCCGCACACAUUGAAGGUGAACUCCAGAUGAAAUUGGGCUACGAUCAAACGUCAUUACAGUUGAUUGUAACGAUUGUUUGUGCUAGCGGUUUGACGUUGCGUCAAACUGGUGCAGCCAGAAAUCCUUAUGCAAAAGUGUUCCUUUUACCCGAUCGUGGUACAAAAUCCAAAAGACGCACGAAAACAUUAGCCAGUACCUGUGAACCGCGUUGGGGUCAAACAUUUAUUUACAGUGGUUUGAGGCGUUGCGAUUUAGCCGGCAGAUAUUUAGAGGUCACUCUAUGGGAUUACGUGCGUUACGGUGCUAAUGACUUUAUUGGCGAAGUGGUUAUUGAUUUGGCCCAUCAUUCAUUGGAUGAUGAAGCGGAUUGGUAUAAAUUACAACCACACCAGGAUACCUCAUAUCUCUUACGCAGUUAUGAUUCAUCCCGUGAUGUGGACAUAGUGAUAUUGACACCCAGUGAUCAUUUGUCACCACCCAGUACAACAUCGCGUCACAGCGAUUCGGAUACAAUGUCUGAAAUAGAUUUACAGUCACAGCGAGAUGGUGCCAGCAUUUCAUCGAUGGGUAGUUCAGCAAGUACACCACCACCUGAGCUUGAUCUGCAAGAACGUCGUUCUAGACGUGAUAUGUCACCGCAAGGUCGCAAAAGAGUGGCCGGCAUGGUAGCUCGUGAUUAUCGUACCGUUUCGGGAAUUGGACAAAGUUAUCACAAUCAGGCCCCCGGUGCUCCCAGUGGCUAUUUUCGUCGUAAUGGUGCCCCAACGACCGGUCCUGGUGGCAUGAGUCUUAGCCAGCGUAGCCAUUCGGCGGCACCCGGUGAUGUCUAUCACAGCGGUUAUUAUCGCAGUACAAGUCCACGUCGUGGUUCCCUGUCACCACCAGAAUAUCGGGGACACGAUAUAGGUAGUAUACCACCAUAUAGUGGUGUCACAUCAUCAUCGAUUGUUGCGCCGUACGAUAGUGGUGUCGUUGGCUCGGCAUCACAGCAACAACGCUUCCAAUCGCGCUCGGCGACUGCCACACCAACGGGUUCACCGAAAAAGAGACAACUGCCAAAGGUCCCCCAAACAUCACGCAGCGCCAUGAUACGUGAUCGUUUGGGUCAAGAAUUUGACGAACGUUUAUCUUCGGGUAACGGUCGUUUUGGUCGACAUCGCACACGUCAACCGCAUCAUCAACCACUAUAUCGUAGUACUGGUGGUGGUGGCUGGGAGCGACACUAUACGGGGCUCUCGGACAGUGAUCUACACUCAAUGGAGACGCGAAUGCGACCACGACAUUCGCUAUCGCCCGACAAAGAUUAUAUGGGCGAUUUUGGUGAUUCGGAUAUUGAGUCAUUGGUUAGUGUGACCUCGAGUUCGUUUUCAACACAAUCGGAAAGGUUAAGAGGGUCACGUGGACUCAGCUUACCACGAAAUUGGCGCUCUUAUUUUGGACCGAACAGCAUGACAGCUGUCGGUCAGCCAAUGCGUUUAGGUGGCGGCGACGACGGCGGCGGCAGGGGUGGCUUCUUUGAACGCUUUCGCUCGAACACCAUCGAAGUCGAUGACUGUGACUAUUUGCCAAUGGGUGCGGCGUUUCACACACCACCACAUGUCCAGACGACAACGCAACAGAUGCAGCUGCUCGAACAGCUGGAGCACCUACAACGUCUUGCCGAAUUGGCGGCCAGUGAAUCACCACCGAAUACGGCAAACGCAGCGGCGGCCGCACAGCCCAUGCCGCGGCAACGGCUGGACUAACACCAGCACAACCACCACAACUAUCAUGGUGACCGACGCAUGCAGACACAACAACAACUCAACACAUUUAAUCCGUACCCACCUCCUCCACCAACACAAGCCAAUUUCACGCAUUUCCCUUACAAUUUCCCGAAAGACACAACUCAACACAUUUAUCACCCGACUGUUGCGGCUGCCGGCAGUGGCGGUAGCGCGACUACAUUGCGUGGUCUUAAGCGUCUGACAUCGCCCGUUGUCAACUUUUUUCGCCAACAACCGGCUCGCUAUGGCCUAACAGCUGAUUCGGCCGCAGCCCAUGUUCAUGCCCACACCGUCUCUUCGUCGCCCUCCUCCUAUGUCGGCUAUAUACGCGAUCAUUAUGACAACACCUGCAGUCACUGCCAGAACGGCAGCCAGCCGGUGGUGCUGUCGACGAAUGCGGCCCUGGCCUCGUCGGGCCUCACCAUUGGGGCCUGUCCCGAUCCCUAUUGUCUGAUCGAUGCCCACCCCCAUCCCCAGCAUAAUCCCAUCACCUAUCCUUAUACGGCUGAGCAGCUGUUGCGCAGGCCAUCGCUUUCGAUGUUUCAACCGUCAUCCUCGGAGCCUUCACUGCCCACCACCGAUCCGGCAAUGUGCGGUGAAUGUGUGGAUCAGCAUUUCGUUAGUGGAUUGACGGCGCCACAGUUAGACCUGGGCGCCGUGCCCACCUACCAUGUCCAUACCCCGACCCCAACAGCGCACAAAAAGGCCAAAUCCUCCCUGGCCCCUCCCCCUCAACUGCCCACGCAGUCCGUGUUGCGUUUGUCGCGCCAACUUAGCGAGGAUGCCCUGGUGUCGGCCGUCCCCAUUGCUGAGGGUCGUGCCCAGCCGCCUUCCAUUCUCAAGAAACCGAAAAUCGGUAUACCGACAGGUCGCACCUCUCUUGAUCGCCGAAAAAUGUUCCACGAAGGUCAGUCGCGUUCUUUAGACUACGACGACUUGCACGCCAAGAGCUGGGGCUGGCGACGCAUUCGCUACGAAGAUCAGGUCUAUCCCGCCCAAUUCGACGAGGACCUUUCGCGCCGCUACGGUUCCGAGACCAAUAUACGCCAAUCGUACAUGGGGGCCAAUGUCAAUCCAUCGAACCCGUUGAGCCACUCGCACUUCGGCCAAGCACGUACUGGAACCAA